AUGGAACGCUACGGCUCCACCAAGUCCGGGCUGCCGGACGACCUCGGGACAUGGCGCCCGGAUCGCGACGGAGACGGGCGGCCCGACCGCGACCUCGAGGCCGGGGCCGCCGACGACGACGAAGAGAAGCAGCGGCCGGCCUCCCUUACGGAGGGAUUAUUCCUCGUCGUCUUCGCGUCGUUGUGGAUGGCGGUAGGGUUGCACUCGGUAACCGCGGUGACGACCGAUCAGAAACAUUAUAUGCCGGCGAGUUACUACAUGCAGCUAUUUGUCGGCGUUGCUUUCAUAUGCUUAGCGCUCUUUCUGUACGCCGGGGCGGCCGUGAAGGUGUUUCAGUCGUGCAGCAAAUCGAUCUCGAUGUCAAACCUUUUCAAGCGCAGCAAGAUGCGAGAGGACUUCUGA